AUGGUUCUUAUCGAGAAAGAAGGAAAAAUCGAGGUAGAAACGAGACUCGAUAUACCUACGACUACAGUCCACACCAAACAAACCCAGAGAGCCGGAGAGCAUCCAGAACAGAAACUACAAACAGGAGAGCCGGAGAGCAUCCAGAACAGAAACUACAAACAGGAGAGCCGGAGAGCAUCCAGAACAGAAACUACAAACAGGAGAGCCGAAGAGCAUCCAGAACAGAAACUACAAACAGCAGAGCCGGAGAGCAUCCAGAACAGAAAUUACAAACAGGAGAGCCGGAGAGCAUCCAGAACAGAAACUACAAACAGGAGAUCCGGAGAGCAUCCAGAACAGAAACUACAAACAGGAGAGCCGGAGAGCAUCCAGAACAGAAACUACAAACAGGAGAGCCGGAGAGCAUCCAGAACUGAAACUACAAACAGGAGAGCCGGAGAGCAUCCAGAACAGAAACUACAAACAGAAGAGCCGGAGAGCAUCCAGAACAGAAACUACAAACAGGAGAGCCGGAGAGCAUCCAGAACAGAAACUACAAACAGGAGAGCCGAAGAGCAUCCAGAACAGAAACUACAAACAGGAGAGCCGGAGAGCAUCCAGAACAGAAACUACAAACAGGAGAGCCGGAGAGCUUCCAGAACAGAAACUACAAACAGGAGAGCCGGAGAGCAUCCAGAACAGAAACUACAAACAGGAGAGACGGAGAGCAUCCAGAUCAGAAACUACAAACAGGAGAGCCGGAGAGCAUCCAGAACAGAAACUACAAACAGGAGAGCCGGAGAGCAUCCAGAACAGAAACUACAAACAGGAGAGCCGAAGAGCAUCCAGAACAGAAACUACAAACAGGAGAGCCGGAGAGCAUCCAGAACAGAAACUACAAACAGGAGAGCCGGAGAGAAUCCAGAACAGAAACUACAAACAGGAGAGCCGGAGAGCAUCCAGAACAGAAACUACAAACAGGAGAGCCGGAGAGCAUCCAGAACAGAAACUACAAACAGGAGAGCCGGAGAGCAUCUAGAACAGAAACUACAAACAGGAGAGCCGGAAAGUAGCCAAAACAGAAACUACAAACAGGAGAGCCGGAGAGCAUCCAGAGCAGAAACCACAACCAGAAGAGCGACUCAACGCUCAAGAAAAAAAACCGAGGAUGAAGAAGUGCAGGCAGAGUUAAAAGAACACAUGGAAAAAAUAAAUACACUCGUCAUCGAAGCAACAGUAAAUGAGGAGCUAGACGUGUUAGAUAAUGGAGAAGUAGAGAGAAUAAAUCAGCUAAGGAGGAAAGUCAGGGAAACUUUAAAGAAAAUACGGCCAGGGAUGCAACGGCCAGACAGCGUACAGAGGAGAGAUGGUGUGACAUUACCGCAGGUGAAAAUCCCUGUGUAUGAAGGAAGAUAUGAAACGUGGACAACUUUCCACGAUCUGCUUACUAAAGUAAUACAUGAAAACGAUCAAUUAUCGAACGCAGAAAAAAUGCAGUACCUAAAAACUCAAGUAAGAGGGGAAGCCAACAGAAUGAUACAACACUUACACAUAUCCGAGGCCAACUACGAAGUGGCAUGGAACAUGUUAAAAGAAAGAUAUGAAAACCCGAGAAUGGUAUUGUUUAAACUAAUAGACAGGAUGCUACUAGCUCAGGAAAAAACUCCAAAAACCGAAGAAACAGUAGGUAUAAAGGGAGAAGAAAAAGUGUAUCAAACGGACACAAGUACCUACCUAAAUACACAUACAAAACAAUACGAGUCACAGGAGCCGCAGAUGUACCGUGACAAAACGUACAGAAAUUCAAAACAAAACGAACCACACGGGUCGAAGAUGUACCGUGAUAAAAAUUACAGAAAAACAAAAGAAGAAAGACGUCGUGAUACAAGGACGUACCUAGAUCAAACUUAUAGGAAAACAAGCGAAAACAAGAAGAAAAAUUACAAGAAUACAAAUAAAUACGAAAGAGAAAAUUAUACGAGGAGGUAUCAAUAUACAAACUAUACAAAUAUAAAGAAACAUGAAACAUAUGAAAGAAGGACUUAUCAUAAUAAGAAGAGGAAACAGAGAAAAAGAGGAGCACAGCAAGCUCAACAAGGAAGAAGAAAUAAACAAUGGACUCAGGUGACUUACAACCACCGUGAGCAACAGGAAAAUUCGGUGCCUGAUGCAAAAUUGUUCAGGAAUGUAUGCAAACUAGAUAGGGAUUGA